AUCCUAAAGGAACAAAUCCAGUCCAGACUGAGGUAAGUUUGAAAUUGGUCAACUGUGGACAACAAAUAUUUAGGGUUGCAUCGACAGCCAUCUGCAUUUUUUUGAAAAAUAAAAACACAGUAAUGGAGCACAACUUCAGCCACUUAUCUAGCCUAUGCCUACUUUCAUAUUGAUUAAAAACUGUAAAUUAUAUACAGUCAAAAAGACUGCCAUCUAAUGGAAGGAAGCCAGAAUAAUGUUUGAAAACUUUGGCUGAAAUCCAGAAAUUCCAGAUCUUGCUUUGCCUGUCAUUACAAAUAUCAGAAAAAAAUAAUUUAGUCACAAAUAAUAAAGCAAGUCUUUUUGCAUGAAAAUAAGUUAAGACAUAACAUAAUCAACAAAGCAGAACUAGAGACAAGUGAAAUAGAAGAAAAUUGUGGGUAAGUCUAACUUUGUUUCUGCUUUGAUAUGAUAUUUUCAAAAUGACAAAAUGUUUACAUAUUACACUAUGUUCAUGUUUAUAGUGUGUGCAUGAAUGAUGAAUAUUAAACCUUAAAUAAAUCUAUUGUUUACAUAAUAGGUGAAGAAUAUAACAUACCCAUCCAGUAGCAACACUGAAAGCUUUCCAUCCUUGCUCUUAUCUCAGGCUGCAGACGUGUGUUACACCCCCCUCACAUGUGAUGCAACACACUUGAGGGGUGCUGGCUGCUGGCCUACACUGAUACAUAAGAUAACCAACUGAGCUUAUUCGUGUCUCCUCACUGUUGUAGCAACCGGCUUCAUCCUGGGACAGGAAAUAACAAGUGAAAAAACAUGUCGAGAGGACUCAGUUUUCUUUUUCUGUCUUUGCUGUUUGAGACUUCACUGACUCAAGACCAACAAUGUCUAAAGGAGACAGACUGCUUGAAAGAUGUUUUCAGUGGAACCGUAACAGAAAUACCCCGUGUCUUGAGACCAGGUGUGACACAGGUUUACUUUCUGAGUAGCCAGAUUAAAACAAUUCCAAAAGCAGCCUUUGCUGAAAACCCACAACUUAAGAAGGUGGAAUUCAUGAACACUAAUACAACAUCUAUUGAGCCGGGAGCUUUUGAAGGUUUGGUGGACCUCAUUCAAAUUGAGAUCUCCAACACUCCAUUAUCAUCAAUCCCAGUGGGAGUCUUUAAAAACCUCAGCAACCUGCAGGUUAUUAUACUUAAGUCUAACAAGCUCCGUGGUCUAGAAGAAGGCUUAUUCGAAGGCCUUAAAAAAGUAAAAGAGCUCCAGUUACAUGGGAACGAGAUUGAAUCGAUUGAAGAUGGGACCUUUGAUGAUCUUGAGAACCUUUCACUCCUCCAUUUAGCUAGAAACAAUCUCUCCUCUGUAUCCUCCAGCUGGUUCUCGAACCUAAACAAACUGCAGACACUGCGACUUUACGAGAAUCAGCUGACCACCAUUCCUGAAGAAAUUUUUCAAAAUUUUCCUAACUUGAAGGAAAUUGCUUUGCAAGGAAACAAAAUAGCAGAAUUAUCACCUAAUCUAUUUCCACAUAAAGACAAACUAUUUAAACUAUAUCUGGACAGUAAUCUUCUGACUGGUUUACCUCAAGAAUUUUUUGUCGGCUUUCCUCAGCUUAAAUCACUGACCCUACAGAAUAACAAAUUAACUAGUCUACCACCAGUGCUCUUUGGAGAAAUGCCUAAAUUGACUGAGUUAAGCCUCAGUCAAAACAACCUCAGUGCUCUUCCUAAAGGAAUAUUCAACCCACUGAAGAAGCUCAAGAAGCUAGAUCUGUCUAAAAAUCACUUUUUCACCUUGCAUGCUGAGUUCUUUGAAGGCCUUGAGAAGCUCACAGAGCUGAAUCUACAGAGCAACAAGAUAAAUUCACUGGAUGCAGAUGUGUUUGAAAAGCUACAGUCACUGACCACACUCAAGCUAGCUCACAAUGGCCUCCGGGGGCUUCCUCAGGAUAUUUUUCAGCCUUUAACAAAACUCACUAAACUUUACCUCAAUGAUAACCCCUGGGACUGUGACUGCAAUCUGAUAUAUCUUCACCUGUGGAUGAAAGCAAACUCUGGCAAGAUUUUGUCGUCUGUGGUCUGUGAGUAUCCGGAAAAUCUAAAAGGCCAGGAAAUCCGAUCAUUGACAGAGGACCAACUUAUUUGUCCAACCCCUCCCUUCACAACUACUCUUCUGACCUCUACCAUAACUUCCACAACUACCACAACACUUCCGACUACAGAACCAACCACUAUCAUGCUCACCACUACAACACAAACCACCACUGUUCCAACCACCACACCCACCACUGCUCGUCCAACCACAGAGCCUAGUACCACAACACCAACAAUCACUUUGUUGGCUACAACUCGAACAACCACUACUGUCUCCACCACAGCACUUGCCACAACCACAAUGACAAUACCAACAACCACUAUAACAACAGCUGCACCAACCACCACUUUAACAACAACUGCACCAACACCAACAACCACCACUUUGACAACAACUUCACCAACCACCACUUUAAUGACAACGACUUCACCAACCACCACUAUGAUAACAACUGCACCAACCACCACUUUAACAACAACUGUGCCAACCACCACUAUGACAACAACUGCACCAACCACCACUUUAACAACAACAUCACCGACCACCACUUUAACAACAACUGUGCCAACCACCACUUUAAUGACAACAACUGCACCAACCACCACUUUAACAACAACACCACCGACCACCACUUUAACAACGACUGUGCCAACCACCACUUUAAUGACAACAACUGCACCAACCACCACUUUAACAACAACACCACCGACCACCACUUUAACAACGACUGUGCCAACCACCACUCUAACAACAACACCACCGACCACCACUUUAAUAACGACUGUGCCAACCACCACUAUGACAACAAUUGCACCAACCACCACUUUAACAACAACACCACCGACCACCACUUUAACAACGACUGUGCCAACCACCACUAUUGCAACAACUGCACCAACCACCACUUUAACAACAACAACAACACCAGCCACCACCGCUAUGACAACAUCUGCACUUAGAACCACCACAACUAUACCUACAACAGUCAGGCCCAUAACCACGACUCUCAGAACUAUCCAACCAGCCACCACCCAAAGAACAUCAUCUUCUCCACAAAUCACUCCAGUGAUCUUCACUUGCCCCACAGCUCCACAGAUCCACACUGCCGUUCAGCAGUCAUCGCCUUCCCUUCUGUGUCCGUGCAGAAACAAAGUUCAGCUGUGCAAAACUCAGAUGAUGAUCUAUACUGCAUUGCUGGUCGUGGAGAUCACAUGUACACUGGCGCUGGCUAAGUUCACCCUGUCUCUUUACCACUUGCUGCAGCACAGAGAGAAGAUAUACCAUAGGGUCAAACUUACCCAUUUCUCUUACAGGAGAGAGGUCAUCCUCCAGCCUCUACUAGAGGCAGAGACUCACAGACUUUAAAACAACAUAACUGUCGGCAUUGUUCACUUGUUCAAUGCCAUUCAUGGUGAAUCAAUAGAUUAGCAGCCAUAUUACUUGGCGAGUAAUUUGACAUUGUCACUUUGAACACCUGUUCAAAUCAAACACUUCCCCUCAGUAGCCGGUGAGGAUGGAUCUAGUGUAGCUCCUUUUAGCCGGCCCCUGGUAACUCCCGAGCAGGCGGGAAACCGUGGAGGCUGGGUAACUGUACGAAGGAGGCAUAGUCCUAACAACAAGCCCAGGGUUCACCCCCUACCUUUCCAACAGGUUCUCCCCACUCAGUGACACACCACACUGAGAAACCAACUCUUGUAAUUGGCAGCUCUUUAGUCAGAAACAUGACAAUAGCGACAACAGUGAAAAACUGUACAGACUGCGCUGAGACUGGAGUAGGAGAAGAACUGGAUCAUUGAACCUCUAAGUGGUGGGCACAUUCAAACACCAUAAACCAAGAGCCAUUCAUCCUUUUAUUUAGUACAGGGGGUGAGCAGGAAUGGAUGGAUGGAUGGAUGUUUUUUUCCUUUUUCUGUAUACAGAAAUACAAACAUAAAUCAUUAUGUUGCCAUGCCUGGCCUAACUAAUAACAAUGAAUAAAUCAAAUGGGUGGGUGGGAGAUUGGGCGGAAGGUUAAACAAUGUAUUACAAAGUUUAAUUAAAGAGUUUGGUCUCUCUAAUUGGAAAGUGUAAUGAGAUAACUUUUGUCAUGAAUUGCCACUAUAUAAAUAAACUGAAUUGAAUUGAAAACAUCCUUAAGUAAGAUAUUGAACCACUAUUUACUCAUUAAUGCUAACAUGUACAUCUACUUAAGGCGCCUAUGAUGAUUGUUGUUGAUGAUGAUUGUUUUUAUAAUAACAAUGUAUAGAUGACAGUGUGAAAAAAAGAUGUGACAAUGUGAUUUUACAGAGAAUUACGACCUGAAUCAGCAGUUUCCUUCUGCUUUUCAGAGCUUAAGGGCACAGUCACACCAACAUGAAGGUAACACUGGUGAACCACCUCCCAUUCACUUCUGUUCUAUCUGAGCAAAGAGGUGAAAAAAAUGGAAGCUGUUAUAGCUGCAAAAGCCAUCUAUGAAUUUAGAAUGUGAUGUCAUUAAAGUUCUAGUUGGUGUAAUGUUUAGGUGCCCCAAUACUUUUACCUAUAUAGUUUAUUAUCAUCUUAUAAAGUUUAUACAAACUUGAUUGGAAAAUAGCUUCCUGUUUAAACAUCCAGCAGCAAUUAAGUCAGGUUGUAAUUCUCUGUGGGUCUAUCACAAUGAACCACCCCUUUCACAUACAUGUUGUUAUGUGUUCCACUAUUAAUGUAAAAAUACUAAUUUUGGUAACUUCAAUAAAAAUGUGAAUAAAAUAUUAAUUAAAGUAAUGUUAUAUAUUACUAAUAUUAUGUUGAUGAUGACAUGAUUUAGCAGGUUGUACAUAUGCUGUAGAAAUGUCUCAUUCUGGUGCACAGUAUUUCUAAAAACUAAUAAUUUGUUAUAAAAAAUAAUGGGUUGUACAGUUAUUUUAAAAACAAUGUUUUCCUGGACAUCUGUUCUGUGAUGACAGAAAUGCGACUUUUGGCGGGCACAGACAUGCUUUUACAGCAAGGGGAGACAGAGAUCCAAGAGGCCUAAUUUUCUGUCUCAGUCAUGGAAAACAAGAAAAGCUUAAGCUUUAUCUAACACAACCUAGAAAUGGUAUGCAUAUGUCUGCAAUUUAGAUGACAACUGAGCAGACUAAAUUAAAAUGUUCUUUCUUGUGCAGUGACGAAUUAUAGAUUUAUUUUUUAUUAUUAUAUAAUUUGUUUUUUAUUUAUUUUUUUAUUUUUAUGGGGCAGAGUGGAAACCAUUGAGCAGCUGUCUGAGAUUGGGAUUUAUGUUUGAUAGGGUCAUCUGCCCAAUAACUAAAGGUUAAAAAAAUUAAUUAUACCUUAAUUAGAUAGUAGCACAGGAAAGGAACAGUAGGUCAGAUUCAUUAACCCAGUCUGUGUGGACACGUGUGUGAGAUUGCGCAUGUGUAAGAGAGAUAAUAACAGAAAAACUAAAAUUCAUCUUAGACAGAACUGAUGGCCUGUUGUCUGCUCUUACAGUACAGCACAAAUAAUGACUAUGACACGGAACAAUAACUCUAGGUCACAUGUAAGCACCAGCUUCAGUUUUAGGGUUUUCAUACCUUAUAUGUAUAUCCUGUAUAUCCCUAAACCAUCCACAUUCUGACUACUUUAAAACAGCUCAUGUGUUUACUCAUAUCUGAUGCCCAUGUUAUGGCUAACUAGGGUUCCCUGUCAGAGAACUUCUAACAGCCAACAUUUUAGUUGUUUUAUUUUUCUUUUAUUAACCUCUCAGGUCAAAGCAUAUGCAUAAUGAUUAUGUUUCCACCUGAAAGAGUACCAGUCUGUACUCUCACAGGCCACUAUAUUUUCUUUAUUAAUGAGAUAACGUUUGCUUACUGAACUUGUAAUAAACUGUCCUGUUUUCAUCUUCUGUGGACAAAUAGUUUGGUUCUCAUCUUUGCCUUUUACUAAUUUUUGUUGUUGAUGUGAAUACAUUUCCUUGUCUCUUGCUGUGCCAAGAGGAAACUCAGCAAAUGCAGAGAUGUAGAGAUUUUAAUCUGUUCCACCAGAGGGCACUUUUGUAUUGAAUAAAACUGCACAAAGACGAUAGAAAAAGAUUCAAGUGUUUCACUUGAUUAAGUGACACAGAUAAGAGAGUCUAGUUUAUUUUUUCUUUCUUUUCUCUUUACACCUUUCUAUUGAUUUUUAGGAGAGUUAUAUAAAUAUGAUAAAAUAAACAAACAAAUCUGCGUCGCUCAAACAAACCACAUAGAAUCACUGCAGUUAAAGGGGAAACUCCAUGUAAAAGCCCUGGCAAAAAUGAAAAAUUAAAUAAAAUAAAAUAAAGUUUGAAGUGAUGACACUGUAUUUAUGAGUUCCAUGAUCUAUUUCAAAUUUCAUGCAGAGGGAUGAAGUGUGUAUUUUUGGUAACAGAUGUAAGAGAUUCCACUAUAGCACAUUUUAUCUCAAGGUUUCCACACUUGCAAUGCAAAGCGCUAUACAUUUAAUAAAUGCACUAAUUUUAAUGGGAGCAAUCCUAUAUUGUGUCCAUUUACUGAACUUUGUGGUUGUACAACUUCAUUCAUCAUGAAUCUGUUAGGAUUUUAUCCUGUACCUAGACAUUGUUCAGGACUGUAGCGGAGGAAACAAGUUUUUAAAAAACAUUUUAAAUGCUUUUGAAAAGGAAUUUACCCACAAGUAAGGUUAAGGUUAAGUGAUAGAAAUAGGAAGUAGCUUUACACUGACAUAUUGUGUCAUACAUAAACUGAAAGGAAAAGGAAGAAGAAAA